CUCUACGCCACACCGCGUGCGCUCCUGCUUGGUGGUGACACCUCGGCAGGAGAGCAGCAUGGCACCAGCCUCAGCUAAUCACCACGGAGCCUCGUUCCGCUGAAUUAAAUUCUGCUGGGUUCGAGUUGCUGGGAGAAGAACGCCAUGGCUAGCGCGGUGCGUCAAGACGCGGACUGUCCCAUUUGCAUGGACAAAUUCAACUGCCCUGCCACCCUACACUGCGGCCAAUCUCUCUGUCUCCAAUGCCUGAUAGACGAAUCGGGAAAGGUAGAGAAAUUCACCUGCCCGCGGUGCCGUGCCGUAUUUUCAUCACGAUCUCUGCCCAAGGGUAGACUUGCCGUCGACAUCGUGGAGCAGCUCAUAUCACAACACGGGAUGGGUAAACUGUGCGAAUUGUGCCACGAAAAAAAGGCAGCCGGGGGGACGUUCUGCCUGCGAUGCGAGAUGUUCAUCUGCGAGUCGCAUGUCGAGAGCCACAUGAAGAAUGAAAGGUUUACAGCUCAUGUGCUCGUGGCGCCUGGUACGCUUCGCGAUGGCCAAGCUGGUGUCAAUCAGAAUGUCAGCGAAGGUGCAUAUCACAACAAGUCAGGUACAGAAAACUCAGUAAUAGUGCAUAAAGAUUUUCACUUAGUGUACGGAAAGUCACUGCCAUUGAUAACACCAUCCGAUUACGUGAAAGUCAUUGCAAUCGUUGAGAAACCUAAUGUUCAAAUGAGUCAAACGUCGGCCAUUGUGAACAUGCUUCUUCCAUAUAUCAUGCAAGUCGUAAAGAUGUGGGGAGUCAGUAUUCUGCAUGCUGCAAUUAUCAGUGAGCUAGCCCAAGAAGAUAUGGAAACAUGCCACAGUAGCCAGUUCUGCAAAAGUCCUACUUUUGCAAAAACAUCGAGCAAGGCAGCUGCUUCUUCCCUUGCAGCACAGACACGGGCGUUGAAUGAAGUUCCAUUGUCUACUUGUCUGGUUGCUCUACUCAGUUCUGCUGAUUGCACUGUAGUACAAGAUCUCAUUCAGAUCCUGAGCAAAUUCCCAGUAGCGUUGCCACUGGUGAUGCCCAACCUGGAGAAGAAAGGCGAAUACAAAGUGAUGCUCCCCCUGAUCACUGGCAACACCGUAAAGUGGGAGGUUCAAUCAGGUGUCAUAAUUGAGAACGACAUCUUCACCAAUCCUUUCAUACUGAUUGUAGCUGUUCGUCUUGGCAAUAGCACGUGCGGGAAAAGCACGAUCCUCAACCAGCUCAUGGCCGUGGAGAACAUGUUCUCAUCGUGUGGAGAACCUGGAGCUCGACGUGGACGCCCUUUGACGCUGAACGGAACUGUCGAGUUCACGUGGCUCACUGAGGAGACCUGCGGGGCUGGGCUGUGGAAGUCCGUCCUGCAGCAGUUUUAUGCACGUGGAGGGAACGAGGUUGUGCUGUUGGCCAAUCUUCACGGAGAUGCCUCUGAAUACCCUGAAGUUAUCCAGUUCUUCAAGAAUGUAGCAUCAACCUACGUGGUGUUUAUGAUGCCAGAAAAGGGGGAACUUCUCAAAGAGAAAUGGAAUACAUUUGUCCAACUCUCUGGUUCACAAGAGAACAUCCAUUAUCUAAUGGUGGAUCCUGAUGAAGACUGCAAUGAAGCAGAAGAGAUUGUUAUUCAAACGACGAGGCUCACAAAUGAUGACACGUUGAAAAAAGUACGAGCUAUGUUUAAAAGGGCCUUAAACUCCGCUGCAACCAAAAUUAAACGUUCACUUAAGCCAGAUAUGUCCAAUUUUGGCAACACACUACAAUUAACAGAGGGGAUAAGCUGCUAUCAAUCACAACGUGUGAUAGAUUUCAUCACUGAGAACACUUGCCAAGGGACAAGAAAUAUCAUGCAAUUUCAGAUGAAGAUAUCAGGAGAACGAAAUGCUCACGAUUUAUGGAAUGGCAACAGAGUUCUGCAAACGCUGAUACACUUUUAUUGUGAAGUUAUGAGGCUCCCUCUAUCAGAACGACUAAAAGCGAUGGCUCAUCUCGAGCAAAGUAUUGCACAGCUCUCGAAUUCUGAGUCCUCAAAACUGAGACAAACCGUCAUAGCAGAGAGAGAAGAGCUUCAACGUCAAACACUCUUGAAUGGCCAAAACAAGUUGACGAUUAAUGAAAUGAAAGAAAACAUCAAUACAAACAUGAAGAUGUUGGAUCGAAUGUCUCUUGGUCCAGAGCAUUUUUUUCGUGAGUUGGGUCACAUAUACGAAUUGACAAACGAGGGCCAAAGAGAGAGUGGAGCUCUUUUGGAAUGUCCUACUUCAUACGCCGAGCUGCUAAUGAGUGGCCACGCCAUUGAGCUGCUAAACGGCGACACUGGAGAAAUGCCGGGUGCUUGGCUGACGGCGAUUUGCAACCACGUCACAAAAGCAUUCCCAAAUUUGCGCAUAUUUGUUCUUUCAAUACUAGGAUUGCAGUCUUCUGGAAAGUCCACACUCCUGAAUGCCCUCUUUGCCUGCAAGUUCGCAGUGUCCGUUGGUCGCUGCACUCGCGGUCUCUUUAUGCGGCUGCUGUUCCUGGAGGAGAAACUCAGUGAAAAACUGAACGCUGAUGCAAUCCUGCUCAUUGACACGGAGGGGCUUGGAGCGCCAGAAAAAAUGAAUGAUGAUGAUGCAGAACAAAAGGACCGAAUGCUGGCAACAUUUGCAAUGAGCGUGAGCAACCUGACUAUCAUAAAUAUCCUCGGGGAGUACAUGAGGGAUCUGACUGAGAUCCUACAAAUUGCAAUUGUGGCGAUGGCACGGCUGGAAAAGGCUAAAAUGUCUCCAGACAUUCUCAUGGUUCAGCAUCUGACAGAGAGAAACACAUCAAAGACCUCUUCUGGACAGGAACAAUUCUGCAAAGCUCUGGAAAACGCACUGGAGCUCACCAAAGAAAAAGACGUUGACAUGGGAAUAUUAGAUGUGAGUUGCUUGACAAACUUAGCUGACAGAAUCCAGAAAGGAGAGCUUCUGAAACAGUUCCGUCCCUUUAAGAAUGGGGCAAGUGCCGGUGCCCCACCGUCAGAUCAGUACCACAAUGACGUGGUGGAUCUUUAUGAAACCGUUCUAAACGCAUGUCAAAAGUCAGAAAAUAAGAUGCCGUUCUCGGAUUGGCAUUCACUUAUACAGAGCUAUUGGAGUUGCGUCUCAAAUGAAAAUGUUAUUGUUCGAUUUAAAAACAUCAAGGAAAUUUACGAGUUUAUAGAUCGUGGACAGCGAAUUGCCAGCUUAAAGGAAACAAUAGAUGGAGCAUUUUCUGUACACGUGGAAGCUAUGAAACAUCAAAUACGAUGUGAAGUGACACUUUGGACACCAGAAGAGCAACGUGAAAAGCAUAGAUUGCUUUUAAACAACUUUGAGAAUGAAUUUAAAACAAUGCCAAUGAAUUGUGAAAAUGACGCUUAUAAUAAUUUGGGAUGCGACAGAUGUACAGAAGUCAUAAAACAGACCAUCAGUUUAUAUGAGUAUGCUACAGAAAAACAGUGUGAACAUGAAACGAUGAAUACAAUUGAUGCAUACACCAAGCAUGUCCGCCAGUCUGCACUUACGACUCUAACACAAAUACUAGAUGCCACAAUUGUGCGGCAUGGCUGCUCCGUGGAGUUUUUGGAGGAGAUUACACGCAGCCUGAAAGCUGCAUUAAGUCAAAGGCCAGCUGGUCAAUUCACUGUGCCUGAACGCGAACAACGAGUUGAAGAAAUAUGGGCAUCUCUUGUAGAAAUCGCAAAGUCAAAGGAAAGUGAUAUCCAUGAUUGUGAUAAAAUAAAAAUUGAAAUGGCUGACGUGUAUAGCACUGCACCAAAUGUCUUGAGUCGAUAUUAUGAUGAACCGCCGAUAUGUUAUUUGGGCCAAAGAGAGGCGUUUGAAAUGUCACGUUUUAGAAGAUUUUGGGCAAAGCGAACAAUAAUGAAUGACAAUGAGCUCUCCUGGCUCGAAAAUGAGCUUGAUAAAAUCCCCAUGUCAAUUCUUCGUGCCAGACAAGCAGACCACUUUGAACAUGGCAUGAUUCGUCGACUGAAAUUUAACAUAGAAGAUAUUCUAAACCUAUUUCAAAAGGUUUUUUAUAAGAAACUUCUCACCGAGCUCAAAUGGGAUGCUCACGUCUACACUCUUCAGAAAUUUGGCCACCUCAUGUCCAUGUGCCAGGAGGAAUGGGAAAAAAAGCACAAUCCGACUUCAAUAUUGAAACAAAGAGAGGAGGAAUUCCGAUCACUCAUAGAUCUUCGCCUACAGCACGGCUUCUCGUCUGCUUCUGAAGGACGUAUAAUUUCCAAAUAUCUUCUAGAAGCAAUAAAACAGAAAUCAAUUAAAGCUGGGAGUACCGAGAAAGUUCAAGCUGUGCUCGACCUCCAGUGGACAACCAAUAGUGAGAAGGUGCGGCUUCAGUACUUUGAGCAUUUAGCUUCCCAGGUGAAUAACGGUGAAAAAGCAGAGGCACUUCAACAUUUUAGUUGUCCAAAGCAAGCAAUAAACAGGUGGUUUACUCAGACAAUUAAUCAUCAUGCUCGUAGUAAGGAGACGACACAAUGCAAGGAAACAUUUAAAAGUGAGUUCCAGCGCGUUCUUCAGAAAGUCGUAAGUUGUACAGAUGUUAGUGAAAUUAUCCCUUUCACCCAACUUUACUUGACAGAUGUAGAGAAUGUAGAAUACAAAAGUUAUUUUGACAACCAAGAAAUAGCCAAGGGGGACUUGAAAGUCUUAAAAGACAGCAUCCUACAUAGGCUUAAUGAAUCAGAGUCAACAGUGGACUGCACACAGUUGAUGUUCACAGAUCCAUCGAUGGAUGAGACAGUGAUGCGACGUCUAGGUUGCACGGAGAAGUGCUUUUGGUGUGGAGCUCUCUGCUGGGGAUCUCGUGGACACGAUAACAACGUGGACGAAACAAGAAAACAUCAUACCUGUCACCAACCAGGUGGCCUUGGUUAUACAAAUUAUAAAAACACUGCUAAUUUAGUAGCAGAGCCUUGCCAUCUAACGUCAGAUGAUACAACAGUCACUUGGGGAAAUAAUGAAAUGAAGUGGUCUGCUGCGAAGCAAACAGAGUUCAGUCAUUGGAAAUUCGAUGCCCAUUGCAAUAAUAAAUUUGAUGAGCUCAUGCGUUGGUUCUUUCAAGAAUUGCACAAAGAUAUUGCUGAGUCUAGAGCGUUGCUCCCAGCAUUACAAGACGAGUUGAAGAUGUACAAAUGUCAAAACCUUCAUCUUGCACCCAUACUAUCGACCAUUCGAGAGUUGAUCAAAUAGUACACGGGGCCUUAAAAUGGGGAUGGUGAACCAAACGAAAACAUGCAUUACAUCCUCAUUGGAUGAUUACGACAUUGUCCAAUCAUCAUCUUAAGAAUUGUGGAUGAAGGCCUCCCAAAGUCAUCAUCUGACAAGAUCAAUCUUUUUUAUUUUCAUCUCCAACCCAAUUUUUUUCACCUUCAUAGAAAUUUUAAUUUUCAAUCCCUUUUUCGCUGCCCCAUGCUACCACUGAACCGUUGCCGGACCUCACUUCCACAUCCCGGCUCCUCCAUGCUGACGAAUCCUGUCUAUACCCUGGUGUUCGUGUAACGCUGUUCUUUUCCCUUCCACAUUGUUGAGAAUUUGAGUGUGACGAUGGCACUUUGAGUGACAGAUUCGUGCCAGAACGGUGCCACGUGUGUUUUUGCGCCAAAUUUAUUGAGGUACAUUUCACCGAUCGCGCCCACCUGUGGCUCGACUAUUCAUGGUAGACCACUCAGAUUCCUAUUCGCAUCGUUACUGCACUGCUCGCGAUGAUGCUGCUGCCGCAGAAGAACACACGCGCCAUCUUGUCUCCAUCUCAUCUUCCAAGCGGCCCAUCGUGGGUCCCAGGCCAUGCGGUGAUCCCAGCCUCCAGUGAGGAGGCAGCGAAAUUCAGGCACCUGCGAUUUGUCUCCCUGUAGUGUACACAACUGUACACGGAUACUAUAUGUACAAUACCACGUGUAGAAUACUGUACAAUAAUGUACACGUAGUAUCAGUGUACAGUACUGUAAAGGGUGGUCCCGAUGUCUUGUGAGCCCCAAUUAAUUGACCCCUAACAUGUUCCCUUUGCAUAUUCAUUUCCGUUUAAAAGAAAUCUUACUUUAAAAUAAUAUUAGGUUUUAGAGAAUGAAAUGGGGGUUACAAGACAUCUGGACUACCCUGUACAGUAUUGUAUAUGGGUACGUAUACAGUAUUGUACACUAUAUAAUUUUUUUCUAUAUAUUUACCGUACAAGUUACAUUUAACAGUGACAAAUAUUAAUCAUAUUUUACAUUCAAAAUACUUCCUAUUUUCAAGAACAUAACCCCCCCAAUGGGCAAGGGUUUGCUGUGCAUCAGGGGCAUAGAAUGUGCGUACUUACAGAGGAUGGUAUAAAUGUUAUUACAAGAAAGUGUCAUCAGCACUAAGUAAUAAACAUUGCAUGUAAAUAAUGUCCAGGAUUGUGAUUGUGGUGCACGCACGGGUAAUGGAGGACAAGUUACCCAGGUACCAGGGGCUUGGCGACGAAGGAAAAUAAUGACAUUAUUAUCUAUGUGGUGGUUAUAUUGUUUGGUAGCAAAUCGAAGGAUAAUAAAAAUAUAAACUGAAAUUAUUUAGGGGAAGGGGUGUAGAUUUUGCAACUUUCACUAUAUCAAAUAGAAGGCAGAAAUAUAACAGGUGCAGUGGCUGAUUAUAAAUGACUAUUAGGUAUUUUAAAAAACGCUAGAUAUUAGAUGUUUUUAGUCAUAAACCAUUAUUUCAGUUAAAGGCCAUCAUUUUUCCUGUUUUUUUCUUCCUUUUUUAUAAUCAAUGUAAAACAGACCAUAUUUUAUUCCUGUUAUUUUUGUGUGUGGCCUUAAACGCAAUACUUGCAUGAUGAAUUAUGACAAUUCCAAAUCACAUUAACAUGUCCUUGAAAUCAAGGCUUUUUUAGGGAAAGAGGUGUUGAUUGUGCCACUUUUACGACAUCACAGAAUGCCGCAAGAUGACAUUUGGGUGUGGUGCAUGGUAAAGAUAUAAAUGGCUAUUACGUCUUUUAAAAAUAUUAGAUUUUCGAUUUUUUUAUAUCAAAAACGAUAACCAUGUAUUACAGUUAAAGGCUUUAUAUACCCCUUUUGAUCAUUAAUGUCAUAAUAAGAAGACAUGUUAAUCCUGAUAUUUUUGUAAAUGGCUCUAAACACAAUAUGUGCAUGUUGAAUGUACUGUUAUGACAAUUCCAAAUUCAAUAAAUAUUUCCUUGAAAUUAAGGCGUUUGCUAUGAAGCCUCUGUAAUUCCACAAGUGCUACGCCGCAGUGAACGAGCUGGCCUUAAUACACGUGAACCCUGGCUCAUAAACGCAGUCGAUCUUUGGAACUGUAUACGUUAAAUGAGCGUGGCCUUCACAACUUGGUGGAGAUGGAUCAAUCACAGGGUAAAGCUGUAACAUCCACAAAUAGAACAGUCAAUAAAUUUAACUCCCUCGUUAAAUGCACAGCAACGGUGUAACUACACCAAACAAUGGUAGAUGCCUAAGCAGACCCUAGCCACACUUAACUCCUGUGGCACGUAUA